AUGAUGAGUGAACAGAUAGAGCUGGAAGAGGCCAAACUGCCAUUAAAUCAACAACCUAGGCGAAGCAGCGACAAAAGAUCUAAACGUUUGCUUAAGGAGAAGCGGAAAAGUAUCGGUAACAUAACGCGAAGUUUUGCGUUGGGGACGUCAAGUCACGGAAUACCGAGGAUAGCGGCCUCCAAGACGGUGCAUCGGAGGAGCAUAUGGACGCUUGUUGUGAUCAUUGUUCUCUCUGGAUACAUCACGCACAUGACGGAACUACUGCGACAUUACUUCGAGUACCCCGUACGGAUUAAAUCUAUUGUGGAGAGGAAUGGAUCAUUGCAGUUCCCCGCCGUGACUGUGUGUAACAAUAAUAAACUACGACUGAGUCAGCUAUUGCAAAGUUCCGAUUACGGGCAUGUAUUACAAGAUUUAUUGCGAGCCACCGGUGUGAAGGAAGGAACAGAAUACAGCCAAAGGAAACGCAGAUAUACAGAUGGUGACGAAAAUAAACCUGCGGCCUUAGAGGCACAACAGUGUGUGACUGAGAUGCAUGUUGAUAGACGAGGAGGCGCAGAGUGGAAAACAAAACCCACAGAAAGGGUAGACUCUUCCGGAGCAUGCUGCAAGUUAUGUGAGAGUACCACAGGUUGCGUGACAUGGACGUUCGAUAAAACUACGUCUGCCGAUAGUGGAAACUGUUGGCUGAGCGAAGAUAAUGUUUCUCAGGUCAGAUCGAAUUGCUGCAAUUCUGGGAUUGUACGAAGGUCCUCACAGGAUACAGGAACCCUGCACGUUCAAGUAAAUACUAAUUGCAAUACUAAAGAAAACACCUCUAUAAUUGGUGCUGAGAUUUUUCAUAACGGCAGCGCUCAACGCAACAGUUCCGAUGAAUGUUGUGCGUUUUGCUCCGAAACCCCGGAGUGUCUGGCAUGGACCUUCAAUACAAUUGGUGACGAUGAACCGGGAAAUUGUUCCUUGAAAAGUUCGAUUGAAAGUGAAGUGUAUCAAGUCUUCCGUUACUCUGGAGUUACACGAGAACUAAACAAGUCAGUUGCGAUCAAUGCAACAGAAGGUAUCCACUGCUCGAUCGACUUAAAUGUGAGAAGAACGGGAUUUGACAUGACUAAUGCGAGUGUAGAAAGCAAAGCCAGUCCCGAGGACUGUUGUGCAAUGUGUUCCGACACCAACGGCUGUGUAGCGUGGGAGUUUGUGAAACACGGGGAUUCACUCGGUGAUUGUCACCUGAAAGAUUAUGUGCCCAUGCCUGAAGCAAAUGAUUGUUGUGACUCAGGUAUAAUGGGCAUCAUUGAGUCCGGAAGUACACAAGUUCCUGUCCGUACAACGUCUAGUGCAAACACUCCAGCAUACGCUAUUUAUGUUGACGUCGAUAGUAACCAAUACGAGCCUGAAGCUAACAGUAGUGUUUCAUUUGGAGUAGGAAACAAAGACGUGUUAACAACUAUUUUCGAUGAUGUGGUAACUGAUAGUGAUGUGUAUACGGAUUUUAUGGGCUACUGGAAUAAAACGUCUGAUAUAUUAAGCCAGUUGGAUGGCGAAUCUGCUGACUUAAAGUUGUCACAACUCAUUCGCAGUAUGUCUCAGGCUGAGAUUAUGGACUAUGGCCAUCAAGUACAGGACCUCAUAUUGGAAUGCUCCUACAAUCAAAUGGAUUGUACAGACAGAGAUCUGUUAUUACCAAUGCAAGACCAGACAUACGGGAAUUGUUACACAUUUGAUUACGGAGAAGGAGACAAAGUCAUACGAUAUUCUUUGAAACCAGGAAGCAAUAAUGGAUUGAAGCUGACUCUUAAUGCGGAACAGAAUGAAUAUAUUGGACCAGUUAGUCAAGGUGCUAGCUUUCGUGUCGUUAUCCAUUCACAAAACUCCAUGCCGUUCCCAGAAGAGAAAGGUAUUGAUAUACAGCCUGGUACAUCCACAACGUUAGCAAUAAAACUGACAACACAGGAACGGAUGGGACCACCGUAUAGUAACUGUACCUUUGCGGAUCAAUUAAGUCAAUUCGAUGAAUACAGUUACACGAUGCUGGCUUGUCAAAAGGAGUGCAUCGAAAAGUAUCUAUACGCACGCUGUGGAUGUGUCGAUAUGGUAUCUGAACUCCCCGUUUGCAUGGGAUUCGUAGUCAACGCUACACAAGGAUUUUCUGCAUCUGUAGCUCGAUAUGAAUAUAAUACAGCUUUUAUUUUCCAGAAAUGUGCCGAGAGUUUGUUUAUUUCCUUAGUCGGCACGAACUGCUGCCCUGUAAUUGCCGGCCUACUUGCAGUGAAAGAUUGCAAGAAAUGCAUAACUUCAACUAAUAAAACAUUCCUCUCACAGCCUUAUUUCAUGCAAACGGUUGCAAAAAGCGGAUUACAUGAUGCCUCAGCAGUUAGAAAUAAUCUUGCCAGGGUUGAGAUAUAUUUCGAAGAAUUAAAUUAUAUAGUGCACCGUGAAGUCGCGGUUUAUCUGUCAGCCAAUCUUUGGGCAGACAUUGGCGGAUCGCUCGGAUUAUGGAUUGGCAUAUCCAUCGUCACGUUGGUCGAAGUGUUGGAGUACAUCAUUGAUCUUGCAGUCCAUAUGAAACGCAGAGGAAUACAAUGUCAUCUUCUACCAGAGGCAGAGACAACGCUUAGGUCUCCGUUACGAACAUAA